AUCUUGUUAGCUGAUAUCAGCCUUGCUGACUGGGGUCGCAAAGAGAUCAAGCUUGCUGAAAAUGAAAUGCCUGGCUUGAUGGAAAUGAGGACGCGAUAUGGCCCCACCAAACCUUUGAAGGGAGCUAAGAUUGCAGGUUGCCUUCACAUGACCAUUCAGACAGCUGUUCUCAUUGAGACUUUGACGGAAUUGGGUGCUGAGGUAGGUAGCAUGAUUUUUAACUGGUUUAUGUAUAAAUCAGGAAUGAAACAUGGGAACCACUAUCAGUCUGAGCUAAGGUUAAAAGACCAGUGCACAAAACAUAAAAAGAAGGUAUAAAUAACACAGCAAAUGCUUAACCCUUUAAGUCCCAAUAGUGACCAACAUCAAUUUUCUCCUAAUAAUAUCCAUACAUUGUCAAGAGAUAAAAUUAUGAGAAUUAAUAAAAUGAUCUCCAUAGAGAAACUGCCAUGAUCUUUUAGCAAAUUCUCUCAACUAAUUCUUGAAGGAAAUGUAUAGAGAUCAGUUUGGAGAAUUUGCAUGUGGAUAUUGGGGCUUAAAGGGUUAAAGGAGAUCAAGGGAGAUCACUCUUGCUGAGAAUGAAAUGCCUGGUGUGUUGGAAAUGAGGAAGAGACAUGGCCCCACCAAACCUUUCACGGGAGCCAAGAUUUUUAUAAGCUGCUACAGCACAACAUUGACACUAGACAUCAGGUCACCAUCGUGCAAAUAAUAACAAUCGCGACAGGCGUGUUAAAUUCAUGCCCUCAGUAAGUGUGUCACUUUGUCAAUCCUGUCCAGGUUUUAAUGGUAUGUGUUUCAUCAGCAAUGCAAGCCGCCAAGGUCUUUUUUGAACAAAGAAUCUUUCCACUGAUCUUCAUUUCAACAAUACAACAAACCUUUGUGAUCUGUGAUUUCCUUCACCACCUCUACUAAUGCUCAUUGAAUGUCAAAUCAUUCUUUGUGAAUGCCAUUUGAACACUCCACAUUUUCUUUCAUAUUACAGGCACAUAGUUCUAUUAAAGUGACCUCGAAGAUCUGCCCUUUGAUUAUGCCAUUUAGUGGUGAUUUUCACUGCCAGGAGCUACAUGAUUAUAACGAUCUUGUGUUUUCUUUGAUUGACAGUUUCCUUGCACAACUCGAACACUCAUCACCUCUGAAGGCUCUUAACCAAUAUGAAUUUUCUACACUCUCGGAAAGCGGAAAAAAAUUUCCUUCAUGGGCCUUUCAGGCAGGCAAUCCUUCUCCCCUAGUGUCUGUCUGUCUCUCUCGUACACUCUGUUUUUUUUCUUAUGCCUAUUUCUUCCAAGUGCCUGUCACGCAGGCUGUGCUAGAGUUAGCUAAGUCCCAUUGGAGUCUGAUAUAUGGGGGUGCUGUGACUAAGAGAGAAGGGGCCUAUGGUUCCUUAUUUGAGAAGACUAAAAGUGCCUUAGUAACCAUUAGCAAAAAAGGCAGCUGCAUCUCUUCUGAAGCCACCUAACAAAUUGAGAUACCCUGUUGGCUCUUUAUUUAAUGUAAGCUUGUGUAUUUUCCCUCACAGGUUCAGUGGUCAUCAUGCAACAUCUUCUCAACCCAAGACCACGCUGCCGCAGCCAUUGCCAAGACUGGUGUCCCUGUUUAUGCCUGGAAAGGAGAGACUGAUGAGGAGUAUAUCUGGUGCAUUGACCAGACACUUGUGUUCCCUGAUGGGCAGCCCCUUAACAUGAUCCUUGACGAUGGCGGUGACCUCACCAACCUCGUUCACGAGAAGUACCCCCAGUACAUGGAAGGUUGGUGGAGCCAACAUCCUUGAAGAAUUCUAAGCUUCACUCUCAUUUUAUGAAUGAGCUGAACUAUAGGAGAUUAGCUGAUAGUAAAGAUCUUUCCUUUAAAUUCAUGUUGGGGGAUUUGAAAAAGUUGCAGGCACUUGGUACUAAACUUGCUGCAUUCAGAGAUUUAAAAAGUCCUAAACUGCAGAGUUACCGUAUUUAUUCGAAUUAGCGCCCACCACGAAUAAGCGCCCAUCCUAAAGACAGAAAAAGUUAAUGAGCGCCUAGCCUCGAAUAAGCGCCCACCCCCUCCUCCUCCCAAUCAAACUCAAAUAAGUGCUCACCCCCACCCCACCCACUUGAGUGAAUAAAUUCUAAUAAGAGACUUCCCCGAGGACGGAGUUUUCUUCAGAGUAUUUUACAGAAAUCGUGCUUUGUUACUUCUUCUCGUUUUGUUAUUAGCAUUUAUUGUUUUGUUGCAAAAUAAACAUACUACACUUGCUGAAAAUGGUGAAAAUUUAAUAAGCACCCAGCCUCGAAUAAGUGCCCACUCUCAAAGUCCAAAAAUUUAAUAAGCCCCCAGGGCAGUUAAUCGAAUAAAUACGGUAUCUUGCCAGAAUGAGACAAAGUUAAAUAAAGUUUGCCAGAAGGGCAUGACUAGCUGGCCUAAAGCUGUUUAGUUAGCAUUUGUCAUCACAUUUGAAGUAGGCAGGAAAAUGGGAAAGGUACUAAGCCAACGUUUUGACAUUUUCUAUUGUGUUUCUAGUAAAGAAGCCAAGACAAGUGCAUUUGUAUCAGCCAGGCAGGGUCUAAGGCCCUUGUGAUAAAUUAAUGACAGCCUUAGACAUAACUUACUGUCCUGUCUGUCAUUUUGGUUAAUUCUCUUAAGCAUGUCACCAUAAUUUGAUUGUCUUGAGUAAUAAAUUUGUGUUAACGCCCUAUUCAGGUAUCAAAGGUCUUUCAGAGGAGACCACAACUGGAGUCCAUAACUUGUAUAAGAUGAUGGAGAACAAGCAGUUGAAGUGUCCUGCCAUCAAUGUGAACGAUUCUGUCACCAAGAGCAAAUUUGACAACCUUUAUGGAAUCCGUGAGUCUCUUGUUGAUGGUCUGAAGAGGGCUACCGACAUUAUGCUUGCCGGCAAAGUCUGUGUUGUAGCUGGGUAUGGUGACGUCGGUAAGGGUUCAGUGCAGUCCCUGAGGGGAUUUGGCGCCCGCGUCCUGGUCACUGAGAUUGAUCCUAUCAAUGCUUUGCAAGCUGCCAUGGAAGGUGAGAUACUAUAUUUGGUUUUACCUGAUUUGAAUAUAACACCAAGUAACUGCUCCUCCAAAUGAGAGCAUGUUGUUGAUAAUUUACAGUUAGCUCUUUAAUAGGGACACCAAAAGGAAAAAGACAAGUGUCAGCGUUAUAGAAGUAGGGAUAUGUUAGCAUACUUGGGACCAGUGGAACUGUCUGUAAUAGAGAGGCAUUGUUAUUGUAGAGGUAGGGGUUGCCUGAAGUUUGGGCUAAUUCUAGGGGACUAAGAUAACUGUUCUUAUCAUAGAGUUGUCCAUAAUAGAGGUAGGGAUUGUGAAACUGAAAGAAAUGUCUUUAUAAAGAGGUGUCCAUAUGAUGGAGCUGUCUGUGGGGAGAAGUUUGGUGGUGUAACUUUUUGUACUUUAAAGUGACUGAUGAUGAUGUAUUUUCCUCUUCUUUUCAUAGGAUAUGAAGUUGUUACCAUGGAAGAAGCCGCCUCCCAGGGACAGAUCUUUGUUACAUCGACUGGUUGCAGUGGAAUCAUCACCAAAGAACACUUCAUGCAGAUGAAGGAAAAUGCCAUCAUCUGUAAUGUUGGUCAUUUUGAUUGCGAGAUUGAUGUUGCUUGGCUUACUGAGAAUUGUAAAAAAGAUAACAUCAAGCCUCAGGUAAGUCUUAAAGAUACUUACAUGUAUCUCGAUAUACAAUACUGUGAUAUUGCCAGGCAUUCAAUAUUCUGUAGUAGCAUAAUACAGCGCAUAUUGUAAAAUUGUAAAUUGCCUAAGUUUUGAACUCGUAAUUGCCACCCCCUCACAAGGCCAUUUUCACAAUGAUGCCUUUUGAAUAUAAAAGUGUGUCAUGACAGAAAUAUAAAUUUUUUAAAUUAUGGGAUUGGCUGGCAUCCAAAAAAAAAGCCCCCUCGCCAAAAAUCUGCUUGCUAGUGCAAACUGGCAAGGAUAUGUAAGCACCGUUAUACUCUGAUGACUUCAUACAAGUCUUUGUAAAACUGCAUCAUGGCGUUUUUUACAAUACAUUGGAGUCAUCGGAGCAUAACAGUGCUUAUUAUCUCCAUACCAACUAUACACCAGCAGGCUGCUUUUUGGCAGGUUAAAAAUUUUCAGCUUGUGUUUUGUGGAUAUGCCAACCUGUCCCAUAAUUUCACAAAAUUGAAUUUUGUGACGUCGUCACUUCUCUUUUCUAUUCAUUUGUUUUUGCCUCAGUAUCUAGAUUUAACAAUUUAUUACCCUUAUUAUUUUACAAAAAGAAAAGUAGCAGUCUAAAAGAUUCUGCUGGUUGGAAAAUGACAUCAUUAUGCACUAGUUCUGGUCUCCUUGCAAGAAUUAAUUUAUUAUUGUAAAUUUAUAAAUUUUUAAGUGUAUAAAUUUAUUCAUAAAGUGAUUGUAUUAAAAUGUAACCAUAGGUCGACCGCUUUGAGCUUCCCAAUGGUCGCCAUGUUAUCCUCCUUGCUGAGGGACGUCUUGUGAACCUUGGCUGUGCCAUGGGACACCCUUCUUUUGUCAUGAGCAAUUCCUUCACCAACCAGGUCUUGGCUCAGAUUGAACUCUGGACAAAGACUAAGGAAUACCCAAUCGGUGUUUACAUGCUCCCCAAAAAGGUAGGUCAAGAAAGAUAAAUAAUAGUUUUAUUGUUGUAAUAUCUACAGUAUUGGGUUACCCAUUAUGACCCUGCUUGUUGGUUAACUCUCCCAAAAUGUUACCCCGGUAAAUAUUUGUUUUACUUUGUCUGCCUGUCAAGGGGAGAUUGUUUGCUAGAACAUGGAUGCGCUAGGUGACUAUUCAACAUACCUACUGCUCAAACAAGCCGUUUCGCAAUUGUAGUGGUGUCUGUUUUAUACGAGAGAGAGUUAACUGUAUACUUUCAGGCGACUGAUCAUUUGUUAUUUCCAACACUGAAUUAUUUUUCUUUCCUUCGCCAGCUCGACGAGGAAGUCGCAAGACUGCAUCUCGAUCAUCUUGGUGUCAAGAUUACCAAGCUCUCAGACAAGCAGGCGAAUUAUCUUGGUAUCUCUGCUAAAGGCCCUUACAAACCAGAGCACUACCGCUAUUAA